AGACGAAAAUAUCCUAGUAAGUGUUUGUAAGACACGUGUUUGGUUUGUAAUUGUGACUGUUGUAAUAUUUUCAAUUAAAUUCAGUAACAUCCAAUUUCAAUUGUACAUCUAUAACAUGGCCCCUCCUCCAGAACGUCUCAAAGCCAAUUACAAUGUGUCUGUCAAAUUGGAGCCUUUUUUCACUGGUGGUAAAGUUCAGGUCAGCAAAGAUGGUGAGUUCUUGCUCUGCCAAUGUGGUGACAGAAUUCAAGUUAUAGACACCAAGUAUGGGAAAACCAUAAGAAGCCUCAUACAAGAAGAAGAUGAAGUUAUUACCUUUGUCAUUGGCUCUGAUGAUGAAACUUUAAUUUCCAGUCACAAAUCUAGUUUGCUAAGGCACUGGAACUGGAAAGACGGCAGUGUUGUUAGGACAUGGAAAUCCUUACAUCUUACUCCAGUUGUUGAACUUGCAUUUGACACUACAACAACGUUAGUUGCUAGUGGAGGAACUGAUGGCUCAUUGAAAGUAUGGGAUAUUAGAAGACAGUACUGCACUCACAACCUCAAAGGUGGUAGUGGAGUUUACAGCAUUGUAAAAUUUCAUCCUGAUCCUAAAGUGUCAAUAAUCUUUGGAGCUUCUAUGGACUGCAAAAUAAGAUGUUGGGAUUUGAACACUUCAAAACUAAUCGGAAUGUUAGAAGGCCAUUUUAGUGUUGUCACAGGACUAACCAUUUCCAACACCUUAAAACAAGCUGUUUCGUCUGGGCGUGAUAAAGUUUUAAUUUUUUGGGAUUUAUCUACCUUUUCUCAACUUCGGAUCAUUCCAACUUACGAAUGUACCGAAUCGUUAAUCCCCAUUGAAUUUGGUAAACUUGUGCCACAUUUGAAUGUUACUGAUGUAAAAAGUCCGCACGUCAUUACUGCGGGGGAGAAAGGCUGUCUACGCGUGUGGAAUGUGAAGAGUGGAAUUGAAGUAUUUACUCAGACCGAUUCGCUGGUCACUCAGCCUAUCGUGGAAGGGGCACCAACCAUCACUCAGCUGGAGUAUAACGAAACCAAUGACCACCUUUACGUUAUCACGUUUGAUCAUAACAUCAUAGUGCAUCAAAGAAAGGACUUGGCGCUUGUGAAACAAUACGCAGGAUACAACGAUGAUAUUUUAGACAUCGCCUGGUUUGGCGAAGGAGAAACUCAUUUGGCAGUGGCUACAAACAGCAUCCACGUUAAAGUCUACGACAUUGAAACGAUGAAUUGCACGCUUUUAAAAGGUCAUACCGAUCUAGUACUAGCUCUUGCGACUUCGAAAUCAGAUUUUAGCAUCCUGGUCACCAGUAGCAAGGACAACUCCGUUCGAGUAUGGAAAAUGUCACAAUCUCCUUUCGAGAUAACCUGUAUUGCCCAAGGCAACGCUCACACCGGCUCUGUUGGUUCAGUAGCGCUAAGUCGGACAAAACUUUCAUUCUUAGUUAGUGGAAGUCAGGAUACCUGCCUAAAAAUGUGGAAGUUGAGCCCAACACAAAAUGAAGACGAUGAUAACCUGUCGGUUUUGCACACAGUUGUGGCACACGACAAAGACAUAAACGCUGUUUGCAUAUCUCCGAAUGAUAAUUUGAUAGCCUCUGGGUCACAGGAUAAAGUUGCUAAAAUUUGGAACAGUUCUGAUUUGAAAUUAUUGGGUGUGCUGCGUGGACAUCGGCGGGGGUUGUGGGCCGUCCAGUUUUCUCCAGCCGACCAGAUCUUAGCUUCUGGGUCCACGGAUGGAAAUAUCAUGCUCUGGAGUCUAAUCGAUUAUUCUUGCCUAAAGACUUUAGAAGGGCAUGAAAGCUCAGUUUUGCGGAUACAUUUCGUUUCAAAAGGAUACCAGUUGGUCAGUGCUGCAUCAGAUGGACUAAUAAAAUUAUGGACUAUCAAGACUAGUGAGUGCGUUGCCACUAUGGAUGCGCAUCAAAGCAAAGUGUGGGCUUUAGCAGUUAAGUCUGAUGACUCGUUGUUGGUAAGCGGAGCUGGAGACUCGACACUUAUCUUAUGGAAAGACGUGACGAAAGAAGAAAGAGAAGCCGCAGUUCAAGAAAAAGAAAAAAGAAUUUUAGAAGAACAACAAUUGGCUAACUUAAUGCAAAAAGGUUUACUCUUAGAAGCGCUUGGAUUGGCUAUUCACUUGGAUCAACCCUUCCGGACUCUAAACAUUCUUAAAGAUUUGAUGGAUCAAGGCGAAGUUGCAUUAGCUGACUUGGAAAAGAUGGUAGUAAAGUUAUCGACCAAUCAAAAAGACAGCCUUCUACGCUAUUCGACAACGUGGAAUACAAAUAGCAGACAUUGCCAUCAAGCACAGAUGGUGAUUAAUAUUCUAUUAGCCAACCAUACAGCAGAUGAGCUUUUCAGUCUACCUUCAAUGAGAGGCGCUAUUGCGGGAUUGCUUAUGUACAACGAACGUCACAUGCAAAGGAUCAACCGAUUACGUCAAAACACGGCUAUACUUCCAUACACUGCGGCCAAAAUUCAAGCCACACGUGGUGAAGAAGUCAUGGAAACGAACUGAAAAGGUUUGUUGGUGGUUCUUGAUCUAUUAUUAAACGGAAUAGAUGACACUUCUUAAACAAU